AGUCUUGCCCAGCAUUGCGACGGGGAUAGAGUUGACUCGUUGUGAUAGCGACAACUAUUAAAGGUACAGGAUGACGCGAAGUAUGUGGCUCGCUCGAUAAAAUAGGUGCGAUAGAAGGGUUAGGGUGGGUUAUAGUGUAUUCUUUUUUUUCUCAUAUUUUAGGGGACCUAAGGAUCUAAGAGCUCGAGCACUAUUAUCGAUUAAAUAACUAAUACGGCUACUGUCACCAGGCAGAGUAAUUCAGCAAAAUUGAGAGCUCAUACUCGAUACGAUGUAUUAAUUUUCGGAAACGUUAUUGCGAAACGUGGCAUAGUAGAAACCGACAGAGUUGUGUUGUCGCGUUGUUAUGAUUUAUUGAACGCAAGCACCUAGGCAACUGCUACAGUUCACGUAGUGUAAAUUAAUAGGCCUAGGCCGGAGAUUUCGUCAGCAAGGUGCCGGUGGCAGAUAAGAUGGGCUCGGUGUUCCGAAGUGAGGAGAUGUGCUUGGUGCAGUUGUUUCUGCAGUCCGGUUCUGCAUACGAUUGCAUAAGUGAGCUGGGAGAAAUGGGUCUGGUCGAGUUUCGAGAUCUCAACCCCAGUGUCAACUCGUUCCAGCGCCGUUUCGUCAGUGAAAUCAAGAGAUGCGAGGAGAUGGAGAGAAUUCUGGGGUACCUUUUGAGGGAAAUCCGAAAGGCAAAUAUUGCCGUGCCAGAAGAUGACGAAAUCUGUCCAGUCGCCCCUCCCCCCAAACAUGUCCUUGAGAUCAUGGAGCAGCUCCAGAGGCUGGAGGUGGAGCUUAGUGAGGUGGCCAGGAACAAAGAGAAGCUGCAGCGGAAUCUUCUGGAGCUGACUGAGUACACGCACAUGCUGAGGAUCACGCGCACCUUCGUACACAGCCGCUCCCGGCAUGAGGCCCUUGGCCCCCAGUAUGAAGAGUUCCAAUCCAUUGAGUCAGACUCUGCAGGCUGCACUGGUAUGCAGAGACUGGGAGCCAAGCUGGGGUUCGUGUCAGGUCUAAUCCACCGGGUGAAGGUGGAGGCCUUUGAGCGCAUGUUGUGGAGGGUGUGUAAGGGCUACACUAUCCUCAGCUAUGCAGAGCUGGGUGAGAGCCUCGCUGACCUGGACACGGGUGAGAUCAGCACAAAUGUGGUGUUCCUCAUCUCAUUUUGGGGAGACCAGAUUGGACAGAAGGUCCAGAAGAUCUGUGAUUGUUACCACUGUCACCUUUACCCCCACCCUGAGAACGACGAGGAGAGGGCAGAUGUGAUGGACAGCCUAAGGACACGCAUCCAGGACUUAAACAAUGUGCUCCACCGCACUGAGGAGUACCUGAGACAGGUGCUGCAGAAGGCCUCAGAGUCAGCCUUCACCUGGGUAGUGCAGGUGAAGAAGAUGAAGGCCAUCUACCACAUCCUCAACCUGUGUAGCUUUGACGUCACCAACAAGUGUCUCAUAGCUGAGGUGUGGUGCCCUGUCAAUGACCUGACCAACCUGCGGGGGGCGUUGGAGGAAGGCUCGAGAAAAGGUGACGCCACUGUACCAUCCUUUGUAAACCGAAUCCCAAGCAAUGACACUCCGCCUACGCUCUUGAGAACAAACAAGUUCACCUCUGGCUUUCAGAGUAUCGUAGAGGCUUAUGGGGUUGGAGACUACAGGGAGGUUAGUCCAGCCCCCUACACCAUCAUUACGUUCCCGUUCUUGUUUGCGGUCAUGUUUGGGGACCUUGGUCACGGCAUGGUCAUGGCAUGCUUUGCCCUGUGGAUGGUGCUGACAGAGAAGAGCCACAAGCGCAAGCGCUCUGAUAAUGAGAUCUGGACAAUGUUCUUCGAGGGACGUUAUAUCAUACUAAUGAUGGGCCUUUUCUCUGUGUACACGGGGCUGAUCUACAAUGACUGCUUCUCCAAGUCACUCAACAUAUUUGGCUCAGGCUGGAGUGUUAGGGCUAUGUUCACAGAUCAGCAGUGGACAAAUGAAACACUCCAAACAAAUACUUUGCUCAUCCUUGAUCCUAAUGUCAGUGGUGUCUUCGUUGGACCAUACCCUUUUGGCAUUGAUCCUAUCUGGAACAUGGCAGUGAAUCGCCUGUCCUUCCUGAACUCCUACAAGAUGAAGAUGUCUGUCAUCAUAGGGGUCAUGCACAUGAGCUUUGGGGUGGUGCUCAGUGUAUUCAACCAUCUGCACUUCAAACAGAGGUUCAACAUCUACCUGCUGUUCCUCCCUGAGUUUCUGUUCCUGAUGUGUCUCUUUGGCUACCUGGUCUUCAUGAUCAUCUACAAGUGGCUGGCGUUUGGUGCACGUGACUCCCGCCUGGCCCCCAGCAUCCUCAUCCACUUCAUCAACAUGUUCCUAAUGCAGGGAGGGGACAACACCCCUCUCUACCCCGGACAGACUGGGCUGCAGGUCUUCCUGGUGGUGGUGGCUCUGCUGUCUGUGCCUGUGCUGCUGUUAGGAAAACCUGUCUACCUCUACUGGCUGCACCGGGGAGGGAAGAGCCUGCGAUUGCGCAGGGGUUAUGAGAGAGUUCGGCGUGUGAGUGAGGAUGAUAUGUCCCAAGCACCAGCUUACGCUGAUGAUGAGGAAGAGGGAUUUGAUGACCUCAUGACCAGCAGGGACACCCAGCCUAAGGAGGUCAAAACCGCAACUUUUGACUUUGGGGAUGUGUUCCUGCACCAGGCCAUCCACACCAUAGAGUAUUGCCUGGGCUGCAUCUCCAACACGGCGUCUUACCUACGUCUCUGGGCCCUCAGUUUAGCCCAUGCUCAGCUUUCCGAGGUGCUGUGGGCCAUGGUGAUGCGUCUAGGCCUGAGGAUGACCUCCAGACUGGGGGUGCUGUUUCUGGUACCAGUGUUCAGCCUGUUCGCUGUGCUCACUGUGUCCAUCCUGCUUGUCAUGGAAGGGCUCUCAGCGUUCCUCCAUGCCCUCCGACUGCACUGGGUGGAGUUCCAGAAUAAGUUCUAUCAUGGGACGGGUAUCAAGUUUGCCCCCUUCGACUUCUCUGCCCUGCCCUCAGUCUUUGAGCAGGACGGUUUACUGUGACCAGCGACAACCAGAUUCACUGGAUUUGAAUAGGAAAUCAUGUACCAGGAAGGAUGCUCUGAGUUAGAGCAAGAUGGCACACUGAUGAAGAGGAGAAACUGCAGAGCAGUGGUGGGAUGACUUGUAGCAAAGUCUUUCAGCAUAUGACUUUUGACACUAUUGGCUGCACUGACUUCCUUACAUCAUAAUUGCGUCCAUAACCAGCUAACCUCAAUUCAGUGGGAUUCAAAAGUUUUCAUCUAGGUCUGUUGAUAUGUACUUUGUAAUAUUCUUGAGGAAUUGAUGCAUCUCAUAUAGUGGUCACUUUAAGCCAAUUUGGUGGCUCUGAGCAUUUUAUUAGCUUUUUGUAGAAAAUUAUAGUGUAUUUUAAAGUAAUUUAUUACUUGACUCAUAUUCAUCCGAGGCAACUUUAAAGUACAGAAGAAAAAAUAUAGAGAUUCAAAACAUAAAGGACUAGAGGUCUUAUCAAAUAUCCUGAUUUCUAGUGCCAUAACAAUUUCUUCCCGAUAAUGACAAAUGUGAAUACCAUGGCUGCUAAUUGUGCAGUUUUUCAAAGUGCUUAUACACAUGAAUACAACUCUGAAGAAAUAGUAUUGUCUAAUGAAUUGUAAACUUGUAGAACAUAUGUUCCUCCGGUUUUGCCAUUAUACACUCCUUGUGGCAUUUCGGGAGGAUAAAGAUGACAGCUCAAUUACGAGUUUUUGCAGAGGACAUUGCCACAGAGCACUUUUCAAAGAACAAUGCAGAAAUGAUUGUACAAUAAAAGUCAGCAUUUUCACUAAUAACUAUUACUCUGACGAUGCCAAAUGUUAGGAGAUACUUACACCAAGACAAAUUGCACAGGCUUGAAAUAUUUGUUUAAAUGUUGGUGGUGAAGGACAUCCACUGAAGUUGACUUGAAGCUCAAAUUAUAAUUUUUGUAGACAUUAAUUGGACUCUGACCAUAGACUGUUUGAUCCGUCUGGAUGGUGUCUAUAGUGAAGGGAGGUGCAAUUUAUUUGAGAGUUGGUAAAUGGAUCACUGGUAUCAUAAUGAUUCAUGUCAUUUAGCUUCAUGCAUUUAUUUAUGUCUUUUUAAGAAGUUAGGAUCCUAAUCCUUUUUUAGACCUCGUUUUUGGAUGUGAUGCACAAAUGCCAGAAAAUAAAGAAUCAAUGCUCAAUACCAUGAAUACAGACUAAUCAAUGACAUUUUCUAGAUCUUGUAAAUAUAUCUAAUUUAAUUUGCCAUGAAUACAAUAGGUAUUCCAGGUGGCUGACUAACAAGUUCCUGUGUGGAUUAAAGUUUUCUUCAGAUUGA